UAAGUUUCAUGUCGAAUCGUCACCUGGACACUUUUCAUUAUCAACCAAUCAGCGAGCAGUGACAAUAAGGUACCAGGUCCUCGUGACUCUGUGCUUCACGCUGGUUCUAUUUUCUAUUAAUUUCAUCUGAGAAGAUUGGAGUUUGGCGGAUGUGACAAAUAACCUUCGUUAACCGAUCAGAAUUUCGUUUCGUUUUGUUUUUUUCUAAUCGUUUGAUAUUGGUAUCCACUACACAAAUCCCAAUACUGGUUUCGUUCGGCAGAUCAUAACAAGGACGCAGCCAAAGUGUUUCUGCAAUAUUAUAGUUAGCUGCUGAGAUGAAGUUUGAAGUAGAUGAUGGUUACAAGAAGUUAGCGAUAUCAUUUCUCAUUCUAACUAUCUUCCUGUCCACCCCAGCGUCAGGAACUUGGUGGUUUCUGAGUAAGAUGUCGUCCUUAGGAGCCCCUUUGAUGUGUAAUAACAUACCAGGUUUUGUUCAGAAACAGCGCCGUCUGUGUCGAAAGUACCCAAAUGUGAUGGCGAGUAUCAGCAGGGGAGUAAGAUCAGGCAUAAAAGAGUGCCAACACCAGUUUCAUAAUCAUCGAUGGAACUGUUCAACACUUGACAAAGACACUUCAGUGUUUGGAAAAUACAUGCUUAAAAUCGGUAGCCGAGAGGCUGCGUUUGUGUACGCUAUCAGCUCCGCAGGUGUUGUGCAUUCCAUCACCAGAUCAUGCAGUCGAGGAGAGCUCCGCAACUGUGCCUGCGACCCUAGGAAAAGAGGAACCUAUCGAGAUGCUCAAGGAGAAUUCACCUGGGGUGGUUGUUCUGAAUAUAUACGCUAUGGUACCAAAUUUACUCGGAAAUUCGUGGAUGCCAGAGAACGCCGCCAGAGUGACGGCCGAGCAAAGAUGAAUGUCCAUAAUAACAGGGUUGGACGAGGGGCUGUCACGGCACUCGUGAAGCUCCAGUGUAAAUGUCAUGGUGUGAGUGGCUCAUGCGCAGUUCGCACAUGUUGGGUGGCCAUGGUGAACUUUCGGGAAGUUGGGAACUACUUGAAGAAGAAGUAUGAUAGUGCUGUACAGGUGAUGAUGAACCAGGCAGGCGAUCAUCUCAUAGUUGCCAACAAGAACCAUAAACGAUUUGUUAAGUCUGACUUAAUAUAUUUUGACGACUCUCCAGACUUUUGCAACAGUAACGAAGAAACAGGAUCUUUGGGAACAGCUGGAAGAGAAUGUAACAAACUUUCCGUAGGUACUGACGGCUGCGAGAUAUUGUGCUGUGGGAGAGGGUAUAACACACGGAGAGCGUUACUGGUGAAAAAAUGUAACUGUAAGUUUCAGUGGUGUUGUUUUGUCGAUUGCAACGAGUGUCACGAGUGGAAAGACAUUCACGUGUGUAAACCUGUUGACAAAUAAGCAUUCAUAAAAGGCACGAGUGGAUUGCUGCAGAAGGUAGAAGUAAGUUAACAUUUGGCAGGACUUGUAUCAGUCUAUUGCUAUGCCGUUGUUAUUUUAGUUUAAACUCCAGUGUAAUUCUAUAUCAUGACAGUAGCCAAGCAAUAAGUCUGAGUUAGAAAACUAAGUUAUCCAUGAGAAGAUGAGCUAAUGUUCAAGAGAUCUUAGUUUUGUACAUAAUAACUUCAAUGAUCUGUGAUUACUCGUUGUUUAAAAAAUAUAGUUUAUGUUUAAUGUUUGGUUCCUUUAAGAUAUAUUUCAGUCUCCUU